AUGGCUACUCGGCUGAAGGUAUCUAAGGCCUGUAUUAAUUGCCGUCGGAGGAAAGCCAAGUGUGACGGCCAGCAUCCCACCUUCAAGAUUCAAGGUGGCAUUACGCGACUAAACAGAUCCGCUGUGCAAGCCUGUGGACCUUGCCUUGGGAGAGAGGAAACCGGGUGCAUGUAUACUGGGCAGAGAGACCAGCGUAGCCGCAGAUCCGAAUUGUCACAGCCGUGGGCCUUGCAAAGCAGGGUAUCGAAACCAGCAUCCCCAAUCAGGUCCUUGUCGACGAUGUCUUCACAUCCAGCUACCGAGACCUUCCUGUCUAGGUCAGGAUUGUUGAGCUGCUGCUCAACUGAGUCUGUGGUAUCGUCACAAGAGAAUCGUUCUAAACCUGAUUCUCGGAGUACUGAUGCUGCGGUACCUAUGACCAGCGACUCCAUAAUCGACACACGUUUCUUUGGUGGGAGCAGCGCGAGUUCAUUCUUGAAGCAAAUCAACCUAGCGAUCGAUGCCCGACUGGGACAGUCGCCACAGGCGAAGAGCAGCCAGGAACACAACUUGGCUCCGAGACCAAGUCUUACUCAUGUCGGCAACGCCUCGGGGCUUGACCCAAGGGACCCUCAAAGCUACAUGCUGCCCAACAGAAGAUUUGCUAAUAGCCUCCUACAAGCUUACUACGAUCUCGUCUGGGCAACAUUUCCAAUUCAUGAUAGGGCCGUAUUUCAAGACGCUUACGAGUCCGUAUGGCAGGGAACAACAUCGGAAAUCCCCGAACAAACACUAUACUGCUUGAUGAACCUGAUUUUCGCCUUGGGUAGUCAGUUCUCCGAUGCCAUAGAACCAAAUCAGAGAAGGGAGGUAGGUGAGGUAUUUUGGAACCGGGCUUUCAAGCUGUUUGGAUCCCCAUCUGAUGGUCGUGCAUCCAUCGAGCGGGUUCAAUGCAUGCUAUUGAUGGGCCUAUAUCUGCAGAGCACGUGCGAGAUUCAUGAAUGCUGGAUGAUCAUCGGCUCUGCCAUCCGGAUGGCUCAAAGCCUUGGUCUCCACCUACCGACCGCUCAGAAUUCAAAUUAUCGCGAGACAGAAAUGGCUCGCAAGGCCUGGCACGGUUGUGUGUAUCAAGAUCAAAUCCUGUCCAUGACUUUUGGGCGGCCGAGCACGAUCACUAGUGCCCCCUUUGAAUCUGUUCCAUUACCAAAAAUGAUCGACGAUGAGUUUUUAGACACUCAAACCCAGCCCUCCGCCACUCGACCAGAUGGGGGCAUAACUAUCAUGGCAUUCUUUGUCAAAAGCCUUGAGUUGUUCAAAAUUGCCAACGAUAUUCAGCAUGAAGCCUACCGGCAACAGAGGGGCUUCAGGAACGGAGAAAUAAAUCACCUCAUUUCGAUAUUUCAGUUAGACAAUCGCCUCGUUCAAUGGGCCCAGACUUUGCCUGUUCACUUGCAUUACAGCAAAAAUAUUGAGGAGGACGAAGGCCUGGUCUUUCGGAGACAGCGUGUCGUUCUCCGCGCUCGCUAUCUCUAUGCACGAAUAAGCCUUCUUCGGCCUAUUCUUGCAGAACUGUAUCUUGAGGAGGCUAGUUUUGGUAGUUCGGAGUUUCCAAAGGAGAAAACGCUACGCCAGCCUUUGAUGGUAGAGUGUACAGUGCUUUGUUUUCAAUUGGCACACGAGAUGAUCGACGUUCUACACUCAAACUUCAAUCAUGAGACCGUCACCGGCCCGGUUCCAGCAUGGUGGUUUGGAGUUCUAUUCAUCUACACUGCCGCAACAGUCCUACUUGCGAAGCGCCUGCAGCCACUUGGAAAACACCAUAUUCCUUGCGGUUCAGACACGCAGGAUGACGCCUGGGAUAGGGCCAUCCAGAUGUUGCAAGCUUACUCGCGAGUGAGCCAGUCCGCCGAGCGCUGCAUAGCCGCGCUCGAGAUACUGUUGACCAAGGUCCAGAACGCUGGCCUUAAUAGGUCAUCCGAAAGGGGAAACAUGGAAACAAGACUUCCCCUCGACGAGGUGCAUAGAAUUUCGGUUCUUGAUGAAUCGACACCAUUGGGGGGAGGAGAAGAUGUGAAUGCCUCGGUGGACUUUGGAGGUUUCGAUUUCAACAUUGAUGAUAUGUUUUGGCUGAAUGCCCCGUUGACGGACUUUUUGUUCUAA